AUGGACAGACCAAAUUCGCGCUUGAUAUCCUCUGUAUUACCUGUCGAGACCCUUGAGCUCAUCUUUGAUCACCUCGAACGUACCGAACUGAUCCCAGUCCUUGGCAGCAACUCCCUAUUCAAUAACGUAGCCUCUCGUGCGCUCUACCGUUCCAUAUCGGAGACGUCGUCAGUCCAGGCCGUGCGGCUCGUAAAGACCCUUGCCUACAACGACACAUAUUCCCAACACGUCCGUUCCAUUGAUCUCGAUUUUGCCAACAACCUUCUCACCACCAAUUUCCUCCACCUCUUACAUCGCGCACUUCAACGACUCGAAUCACUCACGACGCUUAUCCUUGAUUUCUCCCAAACAGACAACGCAACCGAUGUUGCAUGGAUAUUUGAGGGGUGCUCCUUCUCGCUCACGACCUUCACAUCGUCCAUGCGGUGUGACCGCUCGCUAGCGAGAUUCUUGGCUGGGCAGCCGAGGAUAACAGAGCUCUGUCUGAGGGGGUUCAAUAAGGAGUAUGACUUCGAGCUAGAGCCCAAGGCGCUCCCGAAGCUGGAGCAUUUCAGGACGGUGCUGUCGUACCCUAAUAUCAUCGGGGAGGUCUUGAGAGGCAGACCCGUGGAGAGCGUCUCGAUGUCGCUUUACCCUGGGGACGUCUCUACAUCCCUCGACACGCUGUUACUACCGUCUACAGCGAUAAAGAGGCUUACUGUCAUGAGCUUCGAAAGCGACCCCCCAGUCACACUCCUUCCCCUCAUCGCAGACCGUCUACCUCACCUCGAGGCCUUCCAUCUCGUGGACACCCUGCUCGAUCUUGGCUCGAGUCUUGCGCAGUUCAAGUCUCUGAAAUACAUCACGUUCAUGGCUCCGGCCCGCCAAUUUGAUGCUACCUCCAGUAAUGAAAAGAUCAUCGCGGAAGCGUGGAGCAAAGCCUGUCCCACCCUACAGACCAUCAUCCUUCCCAAGGGACUGGUGUGGUUCCAAAAGGACAAGAACUGGGCAUGUCUUAGAGAUAGCGAGGAGUAA